UAUAUAUGCGUCGCUGAGCAAACAAGCGAAGCAAAAAUCACAAGCGAUUCCUGAAUCCUAGUGCCCUAGAAGGAAAAAUAAUGGAGGUGAAAGCCAAUGGUCCGAAUGAUGAAUCGGGUCGGAUACCGGACGGCCCGACGAAGGGUCGGAUACCGGACGGCCCGACGAACCCCAUGGUCACGCCUCUUUUAACGGAUCUCUAUCAGUUCACCAUGGCUUAUGCUUACUGGAAAGCCGGCAAGCAUCAAGAGCGAGCUGUGUUUGAUUUAUAUUUUCGGAAGAAUCCAUUUGGUGGUGAGUAUACAGUCUUUGCUGGAUUAGAAGAAUGCAUAAGGUUCAUUGCUAAUUUCAAAUUCACCGAGGAUGAGAUCUCUUUCAUCCGUGAAACUUUGCCUGGUUCUUGUGAGGAUGGCUUCUGUGAUUAUCUUAGAGGACUUGACUGCUCUGAAGUUGAAUUGUAUGCUGUUCCAGAGGGAUCAGUUGUCUUCCCAAAGGUUCCCCUGCUACGAAUUGAAGGGCCAAUUGCUGUGGUUCAAUUGCUGGAAACUCCGUUACUGAAUCUUGUUAAUUAUGCAUCACUGGUGGCAACAAAUGCAGCAAGGCAUCGAUUUGUUGCUGGAAAAACAAAAAUGCUGCUAGAAUUUGGUCUUCGACGGGCUCAGGGACCCGAUGGUGGAAUAGGAGCAUCAAAGUACUGCUACAUUGGAGGAUUUGAUGCAACAAGCAAUGUUGCAGCUGGGAGGUUCUUUGGGAUACCUCUUCGUGGAACACAUUCCCAUGCUUUUGUUAGUUCAUACAUGAGCCUUGAUGAGAUUGUGGAAAAGUCACUCCAGAGCUCUGAUGGCUCAAGCAGCUGUGAGGAUUUUGUCAGUUUGGUUCAGACAUGGUUGGACAAAAUUAAGUGGUCAAAUUCAUUACGUGGCGUUUUUGUUGAGACCAAUCAAAGCGAGCUUGCAGCUUUCACCUCAUAUGCGCUGGCAUUCCCAAAUAAUCUCCUAGCUCUUGUAGACACAUAUGAUGUUAUAAGGAGUGGAAUCCCCAACUUUUGUGCUGUUGCUCUAGCGCUCAGUGAUCUGGGCUACAAAGCGGUGGGCAUUAGGCUGGACUCUGGUGACCUAGCAUAUUUGUCAUGUGAGGCCCGAAAAUUCUUUUGUGCCAUUGAGAAGGAAUUUGGAGUGCCCGGUUUUGGAAAGACUAGCAUCACUGCUAGUAAUGAUCUCAAUGAGGAAACUUUAGAUGCUUUAAACAAGCAGGGUCAUGAAGUGGAUGCAUUUGGAAUAGGCACCUAUCUUGUCACUUGUUUUACUCAAGCUGCUUUGGGCUGUGUCUUCAAGCUUGUUGAGAUAAACAAUCAACCUCGCAUCAAACUUUCUGAAGAUGUUUCUAAGGUUUCUAUACCAUGUAAAAAAGGGUGUUUCAGAUUGUAUGGCAAGGAAGGCUACCCCCUGGUGGACAUAAUGACUGGGGAAAAUGAACCGUCUCCAAAGGUGGGAGAACGGAUAUUGUGUCGUCAUCCUUUUAAUGAAUCCAAGAGAGCAUAUGUGGUUCCACAGAAGGUUGAGGAGCUUCUAAAGUGUUAUUGGCCUGGGAUCUCAGGUAAAGCUAGAGAAGAUUUGCCUCCUCUCAAGGAAAUUAGAGAGCGUUGCAUCAAGCAGCUCGAGCAAAUGCGUCCUGAUCAUAUGAGAAGGCUGAACCCAACACCUUACAAGGUGAGCGUAAGCGCAAAAUUGUAUGAUUUCAUUCAUUUUCUAUGGCUCAAUGAGGCGCCUGUUGGGGAGUUGCAAUAGGAGGAUGGUGAGAUGUAUUGCAUGGAGCAGUGUACAAAAUGCAGGUGUCAAGUAAUGAUUCCAGAACAGGAGCUUCUUCAAAUAGUCAGCACUCAGCACAUACACAAGUCUCUUCACAUUUAGCAAGUACCCCUUUUUGGGUUGGAGAAAUCAUUUUUUUCCGUAAUAAUCAAUAAAAUAUUUAGUUCUGUUGUGCUUUUCUCAAUUCAAUCCAAUAAGUACUUCAAUAUUUUGAGUCUGAAUACAACUGGAAUUGGAAGCAAUAGGACAACUGAAGAUUUCUGUUC